GCGAUGGUUUUUGUCGAUAUGUAAUUAAUUAAUUUCGAAGUCCAUCGCGUGAUGGACAAUGUUUUCUCUUGUGAAAUACAACGAAAUUACGCCGUGCAUUCGCGGAAACGAGCAUCUUACAAGCAUUUUAGACAGGGGCGGAGUGUCUAAACUGUGGUUAAAUUCUGAGCACAUAUUUCUGUGCACGAACGAGGGCCCUAAUUUCUAUGCGUUUGAUGUGGUUCCGCAGUUAAAGUGGCGCAGGGCUGUUCAGUCGAUUCUAAAAGAUUGUAUUUUGGAUGAAAUUCCAGAGCCUGUUGUUGAAGUGAUUUGGGAUAGUUCAAACCCGUCGCUGGUUUUUAUUGUUACCGAAAAUGGAGCCACAAAUAUUUGGGAGUUUUUAAGACCAUCUCAUGAGUGGUUGAAACAUAAAACCGUCCAACUGAGCAAUGCAAAAGGGUCACAAAUUAUCAAUGUCAAAUAUCAUGAAGAAAGCAGCAAUCUAUUUUGGUGUGAAAAGCGUGGCUUUGCCAUCGAUGCAUACUGUGUCUGCUACAGGAGUGUAAAUAUACAAGAUACAAGUGAGAAAGUCAAAAUUGGCUCGACUCAAGCAGUUCUUCACAACUGCCCGUUAGUUAAUGUUUAUGUGUUCAACAAUGGCAUAUGUAUUCAGCCUUGUCAGGUGUAUUUGGAAAGGAUCCUCAUAUUUUGGAGAAAUAUAAGUUUGGAUCUUCAGGCAGUUGUUGUCAACAGUGGAAAGGUGCAAGAAUCGAUCAAAGGUCUUUCAGAUUUCCGUGACAUUACAACAUCGUUAGUCGGAAGUUGGAUGGCUAACGAGGAUGGUAAAACAUGGCUUGGGAUUACAGCACAUGCGUCAUCAGGCGACUUGCUGCUUUUAAAUAAGAAUGGGUCUGUGAUAAAACUCUCACUAAACUCUAAUACAGUUAAACUUUCAUCUGUUUGUAAUUUAAAGCUACCAUCAAACAUUCAUGAAAAUUUUGAAGGACUUAUAGUGUUUUCAAGUAGACUAGUAUUUGGUCUUGUAGAUUGCAAUUCGUGUAUAUUCAUCUAUGACAUUAUUAGUGGAAAACUACUUCAAACAUUGCAAGAAUUUAACUCUGGAAGUGUCAAGGUUUUACCUGGAAUGAACUGCAACAAUCCAAUCACAGUUUUCUGGAAUUCAAACAGCAUUUGGAAACUAAACUGUAAAAGUUUAAAUGCACUUGUUAAAACGGUUACAACCGGCCAUGAAAGUAAAAAUGGUGGAAAUUUAGAUGACGAACAUAAUAACGAAGGCAUUGCUGAACCGCUGAAGUUAGAAGUCCAGGAGGUUUUGCCAAAAACUAGAGUGGAUUUCUCAGCUGAAGUUUUGCAGUCACUUGACGUUGUGAAAUGGUUGUAUCUGUUUGGUUUGAAACAUUCAGCUACAGUUUUGCUGCUAGAGCACGUAAUUUUGUGUAAGAAGAGAGGAAAAUCGAUUCCCGAAACAACAUUACAGUUGUUGAAACGUUUGGAGAAAGAAGUGUUUCGAAACCCAGGGGUAAUGUUGACGCUUUUUCAAAGCGACUUGGGUCUGAAGGAAGCAUGCAGAAGCGAGCUUAAAUCUUUUUUGGACGAAAUUGACCAAGCUACGGUACCGUCAGAGUACAUGACACCACUGAAUUUGAAAAUUUUGCCAUUUCUAAGAGAGUUGUACGAACGAUGGAAAGAGCAAAUUGUGGUUCCCUCAGUGGAUUUAGGACAGCUUUCUACGGUGGUUGAAGACAACGCGAGUGUUGUGAUUGAUGCUGCUGUAGCGGCUGUGAAAGAAGGGACAACGCAUGCGUUGUGUUUUGAGAAAAUGGAGAUUCUCAGCUUGCACGAACCUGGAGAAGCGGUAAAAGCGUUUGUAAAAGGCGGGAAAAGUUUGUUAGUGAAAACAGAAGACGAGAUGAAUAAUAUUGUGGAGGUUUUAAGAGCCGAGCUGAAUGACAGAAAAUGGAAACGACGCACAAGUCCAGAAAAUGCGACGAUCAUCGACGUGUUAUUUCGACUACUCUAUAAGGAACAUCCAGAGGGAUUACUUGAUGUGCUCGACCUGGCUGUGGAGAUCGUGGGAACGAGCAAAGAUGAAGGGACAUCGCAGGAUUUAAAGGAGAGUGUUCGUGAUUUUAUGUUGGAUUUUCUUCCAAAUGUCUGGAGCGAGAAGGAAUGCAACCUGAAACGAAUAAAAGUACACGCACAGAUUUUGGACCGACUUGGAUUGAAUCGAGAUGCCCUCGCUAUCUUUCUUCAACGACAAUUAUGGCACGAAGCCGUCGAAUUUUACGUGGACGUCGCACGAUCCUCGACUGACACCCUCGAGGUCUGCCAGCUGUACCAAAUCUUGCUUUCCAGCUUUCUACGAGGACCUGGAACAAGUCAAAGCGAGCUGCUUUCUCGGCUGUUUGAGGUGAAACCAGAAAUGAUCGAAGCUCAAAAUCUGUUUAAGCUGUGCCUAAGAAACGUCUCAGAAAGUUCAAUGGAGAAGGUCUUUGAAAAAGAAUGUUUGACUGUCGGUGAAGCGAGAAAAACUAUUCUAAAAUUUCUACCCAAAACAUAGCGUUGUUAAUAUGCAUGCACCUUUCGUUCUGUAAACUUUAUCAAACUUGUAUCAAGUUGAAAUCGCAAUUAGAUUUUGAAAAAUCCUAACAGGAUUACAUACGUACGUCUACCACGAAGUUUAUCCCAGAUAAAUAAAAAAGUAAAAAAAGCUCUGCCAGUAAAAAAAGCUUUCAAUAAACUGUAAUUCAUUCAUAAUAUUCACUCGCAAUGAAAAAAAAACAAAACAAUGUAUUCACUCGCAAUGAAAAAAAAACAAAACAAUGACUAGUAAAAUAAAUAUUUUAAUAAACCUAUUCAGUCAAAAUAUUCAGCUCUAAUGAAAAAAAAAUGAAAAAAAAAGACCACUAAAAAGCUUUCAAUAACUUAAGACUGCAAUUCACUUAUUCAUAAUAUU